AGGCCAGGCAUAUGAAGCUUAGAAAAUGAUAAAAUUGAAUCUGACGCAGCGAGCGCUGCUAACCGCUGGUUCAGCAGUUGGUGCGCUUACUAACCCCUUACGUGGGGACCUAGUUGCUACACUUGGCGAAACAACUGGCACAGCAGCUCUUGUCAGUAUGCGCAAUAAAAUGAAGAUGAACACAACAGGCCUAGAGAUACUGAAGGAUAGACCGCGUGUCACUGAGCAGACCGUUGACACAGAAUACCUCUCCAAACUACCACCCAACACAUUAGGCCACCACUAUUACCAGUUUAUGAGUGGUAACGGUUUGAGCGCUCAACGUGCACAGACUAAAUUUGUUGAGGAUGACGAACUGGCGUACGUGAUGACACGGUAUAGGGAAAGUCAUGACUUCCUUCAUACGCUCACUGGUCUAGGAGUGACGGUACCAGAAGAAAUCUGCCUGAAAUGGUACGAGAUGGUACAAACGGAGCUACCCAUGUGUGCCUUAUCAGCUCUGUUCGGACCAAUCCCUCUCACUCUUGCUGAGAAGAGACUCCUCUUAUCCCAGCAGAUCCCAUGGGGUCUAGCCUGUGGACGCGCCAGUGCUUUCUUCAUGAACAUUUACUUUGAACGAGAAUUGGAGACGGAUAUUAAUUUGAUGAGAAGGAGGUACAAGAUAUCAGCAGCUCCGAGAUACCAGGAUCAAGAGCCGGUGUGAAAAAUGUGAACUAUUUAACAUAGUUAUCAAUGGAUACUUUUGAGUUUUGGUAUCAACAAAGGAACGAUCCGUUUUAAUUUAUUUUCACAAUUAUUAAUCGUAGAUUGAAAACUUUAAUAAAGAAGGUUUAGUUUGGGUGUAAAGAAUAACAUUUCUUUGUCCACAUUGGAUCAAUUGUUAAAAAUGCGCUAGCUUACAGAUGAUACAGAACCUUUUUAUACAAUACAUGUAAUUUACAUCACUCUUUGAUGUGUAAGCGCAAGAAUACCAUCCUUUUCUUUUCUCGUAAGUCAAUUGUAGGGAUUGUGUUACUUUUGUUUUGCGACUACUUUCUGUUCAAAUCAUGAUGAUGAUUAAGAUUUGAAAACAACAACGUGUCAG